UUCAGUAAGCUUCGUUAAAACAACAAAUAUUUGCUCUAGCUGUGAAAAUGUGUGAUUUGUAAUUCGUUAUGAAAAGUGCGAUGAUACUGGCUUUUUCAAUUUUAAGUCAAUUUCACAAUAGAUAAACUUCUCGUUAUUGUUAUGUAUGAUUUGAUCAAAAUUUAUUGCGAUUUAAUUGGUAGUUAUUGAUCUGAAAUAAUGGCAACCGACAUUUACUUAUUGUUUCUAAGAACUAUCCGUUUUAGAUAGAGCUAUAUAAAAUGAACAGACUCCGAUCGAUGAAGGCUGUCAUUUCAAAUCUAAACACUGUCUAAUGCCAAUGAGGAAAAUAAAGCUGUGCUCAAGAAACAUAUGGAUCUUCUUUGUUCUUUUAUUCUGUUGAUAUAUUGCGUUCCACCUGAUCAAAAAGUUCUUACACGAUAUCUCUUUAAACUUUGUGAAUUAUUUCUUCAUAGUGUACGUGUGAUUUCAAAACAUACUGCGAUGAUUGGUCUAUACAGUUCAAGGUAUUGUAUAGAAUAUUAGUUAAAAUUUCGUUCAUCAUUCUCUGUAGUGACAUAUAUUUUCAAAAGGAAUAUGCAGGUUGUAUAUAGUGGUGGUUCUACCCCGACACCGUCACCUCGCCUUCAAAGGAAACAGAUUAAAGGUUACGGUAGACCUGUUUUACCAGGAUAUUUUCCUCCUACCGUGCAUCAUACAAGUACACAAAGAUCUCAGUCAAAGGAACGGGAAAAGGAGGAUACGGAAUCUAGUCUGAGAGAUUCUAUCCCGGCCAUGAUGAAGCCAGUAGCUAUUAUGUGCUUGAUCUUUAAUAUUAUCAUUCCAGGAUUAGGUACAUUAUUAUCGGGAUUUUCGGUGCUAUGUUGUUCUAAAGUGCGAUUAAAGGACCAAACAAAACAGAAAGUUGUAUUAGUGAAUAGUUGGGUAGCAUUACUUCAGUUUAUUACCGCCUUCAUUCUGUUACUAGGAUGGAUAUGGAGUAUUGUAUGGGGAAUGUCUUUCAUCACAUAUUCUCGCGAAUAUUACAAAACAAUCAUCAAAGACGAGAAAAAGACUGCUAUUGAAAAAGAAAAAGAAAAACAGACUGAAGUAAUAAAUAAUAGGCCUCAAAGACAAUUGUCUCCUCAUAGAGAAGAAGAAUAUGAACAUAUUCAAAAUGGGUCAUAUGCAAGUCAUCAUAGAACGCAUUCUUUAAAUCUGCCAGGUUCGGCUUCCGAAUCGCAACAACCAAUUAUAGUUCUACAGGAACUCCCAGUAGUUAGCAUGCCGGGAUCUUUAACACAGUCGUCUUCGCGUCCAAUUUUAAAUGCAAGGACGAGACAUGAAAAAAUUCUCAGACGACAAAUGUCUGACAAUGAAUUAUCGCCAUUCAAUCUUACAAAUGAACAAUUAGAGGAAAUAGUUAUCCAUGCAGCUCCAUUGCCGCGACAUCGGAGUAACCCAGAUAACACCAUUCCAGAACACGCAGGACCAAGCGCUAACCCCAAAUAACGCUGGUUUUGGUCAUUUUGUUUUGAUGGUUGUGACAAAUCUUUUGUGUAACCCUGUAGGAAUGAAACAGAGAAUAAACUUAAAUAACCAUAAGAA